AUGUUUUCUGGACCGCAGAAGCAAGUCCUCCGAACGGGUGAUCGUGUUCGCGCACACUUCCAGAAUCGCUAUGGCUCAAAGAGCUCAGCCACCGACGUCGGCACGCUGCUCCAGUUUACCACGUCGGAAGUUGAGAUCCACUUCGAUGAUGGUGCCGUGCAGUGCGUCUCCAAGACCUGGAUCGCGGAGCGCCUGUCUGCGUGGGAUCUGGAUCUGGCGCCCGGCGAUAUUGUUUACGCCCACUAUGCUUCUGGGAAGGGCCGCACCGUCAAUACCGAUCUUGGGAUAGUGGUGGCCGUUCUUGAUGGUGGCCGCGUCCGCAUCAGGUUUCAGGACCAGAUCAUGCAAACAAUCCCUAUGGGAUGGGUGGAUCAGGUUAUGCGCUUGGAGCCGGGAGAUCGAGUGAAUGCCUUCUUCAAGGUCAAUGAUGGGAGGGGCGCAAAGAGCGUCAAAACCGACAUGGGCUCAGUGCUCGCUGUCUCAAAGGAGGACGUGUACAUAGUCUUUGACGACAACGUGGAGCAGAACGUGCCCAAGACCUGGGUGUGCCAUCGGGCCAGGCCGUGGAACCUGCAGGUUGAAGUCGGAAGCGUUGCAGACGUUCACUUUGAGGUGGGCGAAGACGGGCGCAGAAGUACCAGCACAGACAUUGGAAUCAUUCUCUCUGAUCCCAUCGAUGGACGCGUGCAAGUGCAGUUCCAGGACACAAUCCAGCAGACCGUUCCCUUGGGAUGGAUUGUGCGGCUGCGCGAGUGGGCUGUGGGCGAUCGUGUCCAGGCUCACUUCAAAACCGGCGGCGGGGAGAAGAGUACGGACACUGAUGUUGCCACUGUCAUGAGCUCUUCAUUGCUCGAGGUGGAAUUGUACUUCGAUGAUGGCAUUCAGCAGAAUGUUUCCAAGGCAUGGGUAACGGAGCGGAUACGCGACUGGUAUGCCGAGGUGUUGGAGCUGGCACCUGGGGAUGUGGUGGUCGCGCAUUUCAAGCGCCCGGGGAACCAUUGCCGGAGCGUGCAGACGGACCGUGGCAUCGUGCUUACGCUUCUGCCGCGGGGUGAGGUGUCGGUCAUGUUUCAGGACGACAUUACGCAGGUAAUUCCCAAAGGAUGGAUUCAGGCCGUGGCAACGCGCUGGUCUGGUCAAAGAGACGAGUUUGCCCGCGACAAGGCAGCCAAACCCGGUCAGAGGCGUAGCCAAACGCAGCGGGAAGCGCAGCGGGGCAGCUCUGCUUGGGGUAUCGAAGGUGUCAUCUGCAUGGACGCCAAGCCCAACGGAGUCAUCGUGCACGGGGAAACGUGUCAUCAGAGCACCUGCUUCACUUGUGCAAAACGCCUACAGCGGGCCGGUGAUUCUUGUCCAAUCUGCAGGGAAGUCAUCGACCAGGUGUGCAAGCUCCAUGGCGACUGA